CAGGUGCCUGCGCGGCGGCGGGCGCGGGCCUCAGGAUGGAGGAGAGCAUGGAGGAGGAGGAGUGGUGCAGCUACGAGGCGAUGAUGGACGACCAGAACCACAACAACUGGGAGGCCGCGGCGGACGGCUUCCGCCCGCCCCCGCCGGCGCCCGCCGCGCUCCCGGCCCCGGCGCGGGAGCCCCCGGGGGCGCUGCUGGCGGCGCCCGCGGGCGCCGUGGACAGGAAGGGCCCCAAGGAGGGGCCGCCGCCGGAGCCCAACGGGGUGAUCAUGAUGCUCAAGAGCUGCGACGCGGCCGCCGCGGCCAAGGCGGCCCCCGCGCCCGCGCCCGGCGCCACCAUCAACAUCAACACCUCCACCUCCAAGUUCUUAAUGAAUGUUAUAACUAUUGAAGAUUAUAAGAGCACAUACUGGCCAAAAUUGGAUGGUGCCAUAGAUCAGCUUUUAACCCAGAGUCCUGGUGACUAUAUCCCCAUAUCCUAUGAACAGAUAUACAGUUGUGUGUAUAAAUGUGUAUGCCAGCAGCACUCAGAACAGAUGUAUAGUGAUCUGAUUAAGAAGAUAACUAAUCACUUACAGAGAGUUUCAAAGGAGCUGCAGGCCAGCCCUCCAGAUCUCUAUAUUGAAAGAUUUAAUAUAGCUCUUGGACAAUAUAUGGGAGCAUUGCAGAGCAUUGUGCCUCUUUUCAUAUAUAUGAAUAAGUUUUACAUCGAAACCAAGCUUAAUAGAGACUUAAAAGAUGACCUUAUAAAGCUGUUUACGGAACAUGUUGCAGAAAAGCACAUUUGCAGCCUGAUGCCUUUACUUUUAGAAGCCCAGUCAACACCAUUUCAGGUCACACCUUCAACUAUGGCAAAUAUUGUGAAAGGCCUGUACACUCUCAGACCAGAGUGGGUUCAGAUGGCUCCAACUCUAUUUUCUAAAUUUAUUCCAAACAUUCUCCCUCCGGCAGUGGAAUCUGAACUUUCUGAAUAUGCUGCUCAAGAUCAGAAACUUCAAAGAGAACUUAUACAGAAUGGGUUUACGAGAGGUGACCAGUCCCGGAAGAGAGCAGGGGAAGAGUUGGCUUACAACAGCUCAUCAGCAUGUGCAAGUUCCAGAGGGUACAGAUAGUGAAUGUGUUGAAUGUACUUUCCUUCCUGAAGAGAGGACACACUGGAGCUGCAGAGACUGGGCAGAGCGCAGUGGGGUCCUACAGACGCUCAGGAGCUCUGCCACACGCUUUUCUUGGAAGAGGAUGUUGGACUUCAUACUUUGGUUUGUAAUUUUAAAAAACAAAAAAACUAACAAAAAAAAAAAAAAACUGUUGCUGCUAGACUUGGGGAUGAUUUUGAAAUGGGACACUCUUUUAAUGAGUUUAUCUACAGAUUCUGUGAGGAACAGACGUCUUGAAAAGUGACCGUGGCUAAGUGAGACCUGGCAGCCAAACUCAGCAGCUUCCUCCAAAAAUAUAACAGCAGAAGAAUCUUUUUUUUUUAAGCACUUGUUUUGUUCAUUUGUGGACGUGGCACUUCGGCAUAUGGGUUCCACACAUCAAGAUACCUUUUGCUUUAAAAUCAAGCCGAUUGUUACAAUACAGUAUUUUUCACCCAUAACCAAAACAAACCCAUUUAAAAGAGUUGGUCUUUGUUUAGCAUUAGCAAGUCUUGUUAAAAGAAAAUGCUAGCUCUGCUUUCGCUCUAACCUUUCCCCCAUCUGUUCACAACUUUUUUCUACUCUGUGCCUUGAGCUUUGUGCACUUUGCAACUCUGUGACCAUGUUGUCAAACUCAAAGGCUUCCUGAGAAAGCUGAUGGCAUCACAGACUAGCCCGCCGCUGUGCCGGGUGUCUAGCAGCAUGCCACAUGGGAAAAUGGAAACGUGUUGCAUGUUGGUCAGAUCCCUGCUUCACCGAGCCCUGUCCAUGUUCACGUGGGGACCGUCGAGUCACAGGAUGUGACUUCACCAGCCGCUGCCAUAGCGCUGGUGUCAGGGGAGGUGGGGCCUGAGCGGUAGAGCUCCCUUUUAACCCUGUUGAGCACGGCCCAACAGCGAAGACUGGUUCCUGUGAUGCUCCAGGAAGCAGAUACGGUUAUUAAAUCCAAAUAUAAUCAAGGGUGUGGGAUUCCAGAUCCAUUUCAUUUUAAAUGGGUGAGAUAAGUACUUAAAAAGAAAAGUCUGCAGUCCGCAUCUUUUAAACAUCUUAUUUGAGAUAAUAGAAAAAUAGCACUGCUGUUUUAAGUCUCCCUUCCAGCUGUGGCAAAGCUAUAUUUUCUGUUUUUCUACACCCACAGUGCUACUUGUUUUGUUCCUUAUAAAAGACUGAAUUUUAUUCUAGUUGUUUUGAAAGGCAAAGAAAAAUAGGAAGAUGUGACAAGAGGAAAAUAUUUUUCUUCUCAAUUUUGCUUGAAUCUAAAUUGGGCGUAUGCUUGACUCUCUUUGGUAACGUCAGAUUUUACUUACCUCUUCAGAGAACUCGGGGCUAAGAAGAUAGACCAGGAGAACUGUGUCCCGCUUCUGCUUUGCUGUUCAGUUUGUCCUGUGGGGAGACUGGGGGUGGAGUGGGAGAGUUGGAAGUAUGAUAUCGGGAGCAAGUAAGGCAUCUAAGAACAGAAUCCUCUAUUUGUGAAAUUAUUAUUCAGAGAAGUAAAUGUAGAGGGUGUCAGAUUUAUUUUUUUAAGUACUUAACUAGAGUUGGUAGAUUUUUGGAGGACUUUGAAUUGUACUUCUUUAACUCAGCAUCUUGGAUUGUAUUGAUAAACACUUAAUUACUGUAAUAAUCUAUACAGGCUCUCACCUGCCCUGUAUGUUUUGAUUUGCUGCACCAGUAGCAUUCUAGUAACCAGGAAGAAUUCCAUUUUAUCAUGAAAUCCAAAUUUUACUUUUCUCAAUGGAACGCUUGCUGCAGGCUUAUAAAUAGUAUCUGCAACUGAAGUCUCUCCUUUGUGGUUUUAAUAUUUCCAAGAGGAAUAAAAUUGAAACAUUUCUUUAAAUAUGGAUGGAUUUUUCAGUAUCGUAAUAAUAUAUCCAAAUGCUUUUUCUGGAAGAGAGUAUUUUUUGGGCCAACACCAGAACUUUCCUUAUAAAAGCACUGUAUUAUGUGAAUUGGCAUUAAAAUUUUUGGAUGCUUUUGCAUUAUUAACUUAAUGGAGAAAUAUUUUACUUUUGUCUUAUUAUGUAUGUGUUAACAAAAAGCAAGCAGAGUUAAGACUGCAAAAUGGAGUUUCUCUAAAUUUUUGCACAGUGACUGUAGCCAGCAUUAGGCCCGGGGUUGGUACUGUGAGGCUGUGGCUGGGAAGAACACGCAUGCUCGCCCAGCACGUGUGCCCUGGUUGUCACUCAUCCUGGCCCGGGAGGCACCUGGCGGUGUGGUGAAGAUCUUUUUUUCAAGUUGAAGUUGACCGUGCCUAUUUAAUUAGAAUGCACCAAAAUUCUUAGUUUGCAGCAUAAGAGAAGUAAGAUUUGUCCUCCACUUCGUGUUGACUAAGUACUACUUGCCAGGAAGUAUUUUUCUUCUCAUGUUUGUUUGUAUUCUACUUGCCAAUACCUUGUAUAGUUUCUCCACCCCAGUUAAAUGUUGGCUUUUGAGGGGUCCAAAUCAUCCAAGACAGAGAAUCGUACACACUGCAGGUUGUGUGUCUCCUUAGUCACGAGGAGGUGAUUGGGCCGACCCGACCGGAGUGGAUGUGCAGCCUGUAACAAGCGCCUCCAAAGAAAGCCAGCCUGGGCAUUUGAAAGAGUGACUUGAGAACGUGGCUGGGUGAUUGUCUAGAGCGACGGUACUUCUUUUACAGUUUAGCCUUAAGCUUCAGUCACAGUGUCAUUUCAUGUCCUGUUGUCACAGCUGUGCCCUUACCUGACAGAACAGCGUCUUUGUUUUCUGUGGGGCAGAAAGCCAAACCUGGGGUAGCAGCUAGCUAACCUGAUAGCUCCUAGGUGGAGUUAGGAGCUCAAACCUGGAUGAGUGAGUUGUGCAUUAUUAAAUUUUGUGGGAAAGUUACUUUUUUCUCCUCCCUUUUACAAGUUUGAGGCAGACCCCUCCCCUUCCUUCAGGGUUACCCAUGAAAACUGAUGUCUGAGUGAGAUUGCAGAACGGGUGCCCUUGGUGAGCCCCGCCUGUGUGGAGCUGCCUCCCCCCUCUGCUGCAGGCCAUGCUUUCUGUUGGAUUGCAAAUUUGCACACAUAAAGAAUUCCUCAGGAAGAGUUUGCACGUGCAUCACCUCCAAUAUUCUGGACUGACCGAACAAGAGAUUUGAAAGAUUCUUAGCACAAGGAGAAUGCCGCAACGGUGGUCUGAGCACAGGCUGGAGACUGGUCACUGUGGCCUGUGGCCAGCAGGCCCCGCUGGCUUCUACGGUCCCGACUGUGCGGGCGCACGGCUGUCCCAGUGGUUGGCGCACCUGACCCCCCCCCCC